AUGGCAUUAUUUUCAGGCAAAUAUUUUUGCUUUAUCGUUGCACUCUUUGCAAUCUCAUUGAAGCCAUGUUUUUGCCAUAAUAAUACUCGCUGGAACAGCGCCGGCAUCACUUGGUAUGGCGACCGAGAAGGUCCUGGCAGCACAGGAGGAGCUUGUGGAUUCGGUGAUGCAGUGGCAAAACACCCGUACAAUUGUAUGGUUUCAGCCGGAGGACCUUCAUUAUUCAAAGAUGGAACGGGUUGUGGGGCAUGUUAUAGGCUCGUAUGUGACCAUCCAUUAUGCACUAAGAAACCGAUUAAGGUGAUGAUAUCAGAUGAGUGUGCCGGCUGCACAAAAGAGGCGUUCCAUUUUGAUCUUAGCGGUAAGGCAUUUGGUGCAUUGGCCAAACGUGGCAAAGGCGAUGAAUUACGUAACCUUGGAGAACUCAAGGUUAGGUACAAACGUGCAUGUUGCAAACAUCCAAAAAGUAAAAUAGCUAUUCAUGUUGAUGCCGGAGCAAAUCCUUACUACAUGUCAUUCGCCGUUAAAUUUGCAAACGGUGAUGGAAACUUUGCAUGCGUGGAGAUUCAACCGGCCGGUGGAAAAUACCUGAAAAUGGAGGAGAUGAGAUCUGCCGUUUGGAAACUUAACCCCGGCUGUGCAUUGAAAGGUCCAUUCAACGUCAGGCUUACCUCCGCCGUGACCAAAAAAGUGAUCGUUGCUAAAGCUGUUAUCCCGGAAAAAUGGAAUCCCGGUGCUAUUUACCAUUCUCUUGUUAACUUCGCCACUCCCAAGAAAAACAGUCACAAGUAA